AGCUCCGCCGCCGCCAUUUCACGUGAAAAGCAGCGCGGUAGGCAGACGGCCCAGAGAGAUCCGAGCCAGAGAAACAAGAAAAACCCAACUGUAAAUCGAUUAAACCCCGCUAACUGGUGAGUUGAACGCAGCAGCUCGACCGAGCUUGUACCGUGUGUGGUUGUGAACGCAGACGGAGAGGAUGAGCUACGGGAGGCCGCCGCCGGACGUGGAGGGGAUGACCUCCCUCAAAGUGGACAACCUCACCUACCGGACCUCGCCCGAGACCCUGCGACGGGUCUUCGAGAAGUACGGCCGCGUGGGGGACGUGUACAUCCCCCGGGACCGCUACACCAAGGAGAGCCGCGGCUUCGCUUUCGUGCGGUUCCUGGACAAGCGCGACGCGGAGGACGCCAUGGACGCCAUGGACGGGGCGCUGCUGGACGGCCGCGAGCUGAGGGUGCAGAUGGCCCGCUACGGACGACCGCCGGACUCUAUGUACAGCCGGAGAGGACCUCCACCACGGAGUCGUUCAGGCAGUCCCCGCCGGCGCAGGCGCAGUAGGAGCCGCUCCAGGAGCAGGAGCCGGUCUCGGUCCAGGAGCCGCAACCGCUACAGCCGCUCCAGGUCCCGGUCCUACUCCCGAUCCAGGUCACGGUCCAGGUCCAAGAGCAAGUCCAGGUCUAAAUCCAAGUCCAAAUCCAGGACGCCCAAACGGAGCAAGUCAAAGUCUCCCUCCAGGUCCCGCUCCAGGUCCAAGGCGAGGAGCCGAACACCGGCUUCCAACAAAGGAUCCAAGUCCAGAUCCAGAUCCAAAUCCAAGAGUAGAUCGAAAUCUCCAGAGGACAACGGAGCAGAGUCUUAACCCAGUCUCGGACCCCCAGAUGACGGUAUUCAGGGGGAAGGUGUGGGCUACUAAUACUGUUGGCUUCAUAGGUUUCUAGAUGGUUGUUAAACUUAAAUUCGGCCUGUUCUCCACAGUCGUGAUGCUCCUUUCCAUAUAUUUGCAAAUAUGCAACAGUGUAAAAUUCUCAUUGAUAAUUAAUUUGGGUAUAAUGUAAAGUACUCUUGGCUUUGUGUGUUACUUGAUUUUGAAACUAUUUUCAGCCAACCUGUAGCACACACAGCCAACAGAAAAUAUGAAUAGACUAUAUUGAAGAUUUCAAAAAUGGGGUACUUGACUACAUUUGUACUUUUGUGUUUGGGGUGGGGAAGUGGGAUGCUGGCUCAAAACGUUCACUUAAAUGUGGAUUCUUUCCUCCAAGCUGCUGAGUCCUGUUUGCAAAGAGAGGAGGAGAUGGGGGUGUGGCAGUGUGAGAGCAGUUAGUGUGUGACCCGCCCAUGUGACCUGCCUGUUGCUGAGAGAUGGCAGUUGCUAAGGAGCAGGGCACCAAGGCAACGGUGGUUGCUAUGGAGCAGGUCGUCAUGGCGUUGGUUCGGGCUGUCAGUUGGUGUAUAAGGUGGUGUGGUGAGGUACGUUGACGGGGACCACAGGCGGAUGCACUGAGCGGUGUUCCCACCUGUGCCUGUGGUUUCCUCCACCUCUCACAGUGGGAGCCGACCCCGAGGUUUGUUUUUCAAAUAUGCCCGAGUGCAAGUCUCUUCUUAGAGCUAAUUUUGAGAGGAAUUGGGAGAAAAAAAGGUGAAUAAAAAUGUUAUAAAUGUAAGGUUUUUCUGAGAGUAAGAUGUACAAACAAGCAGUUUGAUAGAUAUUAGUCUCACCAGUAUUGUAAUUAAAUAUUCAGAUCAGAUCCAGGACUUGAUAUGACCCUCUGGGUUUUUUCUUUUGCUAACUCUGUUUUGUCUUCUCCUUCCAGAUCUCAGAUGAUUUGAUCUUUUGCUGAGGACAUCAGGAACAGUCUCACGAUGAGCAAGUGGACUCCACAGUUACCACUGAAAGCAGACUGAAAGGUUAUUGGAGUUUGGUCUAAAGUUUUUAAUUUGUAAUUUGGCAUAAUCUGUUCAAACAAAUUCUGUAACUUUUACAUAAAGUUGCUUAUACUGAAAGAUAUUUGUAAGGCGUUUUCUCAAUUUGACUUUUUUUUUUGCCAUUUUCAUUGAAUUUAUACUUGUCAGUAAAUUCCUCUGAAUAAAGGUAGCUUGUUUGUUUUUUCUUGUUCUCUAAACUAUCUUUUCACAUGGAUAUGAACGUUUAAACGUCCAAAAUUGUGUAGAAAAGGGUUUUGCUUUUGUUCCCGAUAGUUCCAAACCUUUUAGGCUGUUCUACAUGGAAACAAUGUUUAUUGUUCAGUGACAUAAAAGUUGUGACUUUAACAUCCAGCAGUAUAGCAUUUAUCUCUCCUGUCAAGUCUAUAUUUUUUUCUGUCUGGUCACAGAUACUUUCCUAUAACUCUAACCCUUUUUCUUGUGUAUCUUUUGUGCACUAGGCGCAGUUGUGUAGCAGUUGAGUAAUGCUGGUUAGCUGUUAAGAUGCGGUGCAGUGCGGUGGUGACAUGGUGUGGCGUGUUGCGGUGCUGAGUGCCCGGCACUGUUCCGGGGCUCAACCCUUCGCUGCCGUUUGCUGGUUUGUAAGCUCACAGGUGUGGCAGAUCAUCCAUCCUCUCCUGUGUUGUGAUCCUCAAUGUGCUGUACAUAUCUAUCCCCCUUUACUUUCCUCUUUCUUUUCCCUUCUCUCCUGUGUUCACCCCCUCUGGUUAAUCCAAUGUUUAACUGGUCUUGCUUGCUUUGAAACUGAGUCCAAUAUGACCUCUAGUGAAGGGUUUGACAGGCAGUUGAGGCUGCUCUGAGUUUUUCUUUGUGUGUUUUGCAAUUUGUGACCCUUUCAAAAUGUCUUGUAAUUGGUUCAAGUCAAUGCCAAUAAACAUUUGUAAAUAA